AUGUUGGGCGCGAGUAAGUUGGCCAUCUGGAUAAUAACUGGCUUGUUUGCAGUCUGCACGGUGUUCUUUAACCUCUUCAUCUUGCUGAGUAGCCUGUCUCACUACCAGCAUACAAAGCAGUGGUCCCCCAGUGAAACCAUUGUAGUGGCUCUGUCCAGCGCCAACUUGGUUCAUCAGCUUAUCUGCUACCUCUGGAUGACCAUGGACGAGAUUGACAACGAGUGCCACAUCCCGUCUCUGCCUUAUAGCAUCCUUCUUGUUCUUAUCUUUUGCUUCAAAUUUAUAAUGGUCUGGUAUGUCAGUUUUCUCACCUGUUACUAUAGCAUCAAGUUAGUCCACACACCAAAUCGCUGCUACACCACCAUCCAUGCAAUCAUCCUCAGGCAUGUGACCCUUGGAGUGACCCUCAUUCCUCUGUGCGCUUUUGCCGUGUGCAUGCCCACUUUGGUCGUGUUUCAAUCAGAAAAAACACGUAACAUAACAAUAAUAAAUCAAGAUUGCGGCAUCAAAACCCCUGAGACCUUUGCUGCACGAGUCUAUGAAGUUAUGGCUUUACUAUUGGCCGAUGUGUUCCCUGGACUGCUCAUGAUUAAGUGUUGCAUUUCCAUUUCUGUCCACUUGGCGACCCAUCUGCGCCACAUGAAAGCAAGUACCAAUGGAGCUCACGGGCCAAAAUUGGGGUCGCAGUUGCGGGUUAUUCAAAUGGCACUGUCCCUUGUCACGGUAUUUCUGGUCUUUCUUGUAGUGGAUCUGUAUGUGAAUUACCAAAUAGCAGUGUACCAUGAGAACGCUGUAAUGCUCACAUUUUUAUUCACAUCCAUAUUCACCACUGUAACCCCUAUGGUGUUAAUCUAUGGGAAAACAUCUUUCUGGAAAUUGUUCUUGCAUGAAUUUAACACAGGCCUUGAUGAGUAUCCCUGCUUGUCUGGUCUAAAGGUUCGUGAACAAAAGGCUGAACGGCGCUCUCCUGUGAAAUAUAAAAAAUGA